GUCAGAUAUUAUUGAUAUAAAAACAGCAGAGCUGAUAUCAACGAAAAUCUUGUUCAGGCAUGAUCCGCAAUUGAGUCGCGUCAUAAUGGGUCGCCUUAGCCGAUGGGAUGCCCCCGCCGUGACGGCUCUGUUGAUGUUGCUGUUGUUGUUAUCGCCGUCGCCAUCGGCGUCGGGAAAAGUAACAGUGUCGGUGUAUUACGAAGCUCUGUGCCCUUUCUGUGCGAACUUCAUAGUGUACCAUUUGGUGAAGCUUUUUGAAAACGGACUCAUCACCGCCGUCAAUCUCCGCAUGAUCCCUUGGGGCAACGCCUGGAUCCAACCCGACGGCGCCUUCUCUUGCCAGCAUGGACCAGAUGAAUGUAUGUUGAACGCCAUUGAAGCGUGCACAAUUUCAAUUUACCCUGAUACAGAAAAACAUUUCAGAUUCAUCCAUUGUGUUGAGGGAUUUACAGUGCAAAACAGACACAAUGAAUGGACAAAGUGUUUUGACAUUGCCCAGUUGAGUGCUAUACCCAUAGAUUGCUACAGAAAUGGCCAUGGAAAACUGGUAAUGCUGCUUUCUUCUUCUCCAUCUUCUCUCUGUUUCUUGACUCUGAUAAUGGAAGCCAUUGAAAUGCAGCUUGAACAAAGCUACGCUUAUGAAACAACUCAACUCAACCCGCCUCACCGAUUUGUUCCAUGGGUUAUUGUCAAUGAUAAGCCUCUCCAAGAGGACUACCAAAACUUCAUGGCAUAUGUCUGCAAAGCUUACAACGGCAGUCCUGCACCAGAUGCUUGCAGGUCUAUAAUGCUCGACGACCGCCAUUACCUGGAGAGUGCCAAUGGUGGUAGUCAAGUCUGCUACGUAACUUCGCCAAGAAACACGACAUCGUAAAUGCUGGCAAGGAGAGAUCUCAAGAUCAAACCAGUCAGAAAUAUGGAUACUAGUUUCUGUUUCAAAAUAACAGUACAAGAAGAAAACUAUAGAGUAUAACUAUUUUAGUUUCAGAGUUAUGAUAAGAUGAUGCUAAUGUUUGUAUGUUGAUGUAACGUCGGAUCGCUCGGAUAGAGCAAAGUUUGGAACUUAGUUAAAAUGGUCAAUGUCUGAUAUUUUCCUCAUACCAAAAACUAGCAAACUAUCACUCUCUAUGUACUAAAAAUUGCACACUUCUUCAACAUGAUUGGCCAAUUCAACUA